AUGACUUUCAACGGCACCUGGAAAGUUACUCGAAAUGAGAACUAUGACAAAUUCAUGGAAAAAAUGGGAGUUAACAUGGUGAAGAGGAAGCUGGCUGCUCACGACAACCUCAAGAUUACCAUCACGCAGGAGGGAGACAAGUUUAUCGUCAAGGAGAGCAGCACUUUCCGCAACAUCGAAAUUGAAUUUACCCUCGGAGUCACCUUUGAGUAUGCCCUUGCAGAUGGAACAGAACUAUCAGGUGCGUGGACCUUGGAGGGAGACAUGUUGAAGGGAAUUUUCAAGAGAAAGGACAACGGAAAAGACCUGACGACAACCAGAAUUGUUCAAGGAGAUGAACUUAUACAGAGCUACACCUACGAAGGUGUGGAUGCAAAGAGGAUUUUCAAGAGGAGUUAG